GCUCGUUAAUAAGAUGCCUUGUCUACCGUGCUUAUACGCAUAUGAACCCCACGGGGUUCAAGGCCUCCUCAGUUCGAUGACGUCAGUUAAAACGGGAAGUGGACGAAAUUGGUAGUCCUGCGAAGCUCUCUUACUUGGUCGUUUUAUUUUAGCGUCUCGGUUACAUUUUUCGAUUUUAACACCGAUUGAUUUACUUCAUUUUUUUUUCGUGUUUUAAAUCAUGCACAUAGAAUCUUAAUUCAGAUGCGGCCAUCCGGUCAUCUCAAGUGUCACCUGAUUCGUUGGGAUUGUGACGUGUCCACAUAAACUGAGCACCGCGUGUGAAUGAACAUUGCCGACGGUUUUUUCGUGUUUUGUUUUGAUUAAUUUAUAUUUUCAUAAACUCUUAUAAUGUUGACAGAAGCUACUUGAAUUAAAACUUUUCUCGUUUUAUUUCUGAUCCAAAUGCGAUUUCAAUAGCAGUUAAUUUGCUUGAGAAUUUUUGAACAUGUAUUGUUAUGAAAUACUCAUCAUGCAUGUAAAAUGUUGAUGCGGGAUCAGCUCGGUCAUCUCAAGUGAUACUUGCUUGGUGUUGAUUGUGAUGUUCUAAUGGACGCUGAGGAUCUUGUUUCGUUUGUGUUAAAGCUUUAAUUAAUUAGGAAGAAUGGCGGCAUUCUUUCUACGGAUUAUACUUUUCAUAAGUGGGUUCGAGACAUUACUCUCGGCUAAAGUUCUGUUUUUGUUUCCACUGCCGUUUUCGAGCCAUUAUCGAGUUUUCACACCUCUCAUUGAUGAACUUGCUUCCAGAGGUCAUGAGAUCACUGCUUACACAUCACAACACUUCAAAAGAAAAGACCUCACGCCGAAUUUUAAAGAAAUCGUGGUCCAUCUUGGCCCUGGUGCUCCAAAUUUAGAUGAAAUCGACCUCCUCGAGCUGGGCCAGAUGUCAGCCGUCCAAUACACCCUCCAAGAAUGGUCCACCUUCUCCGCCGUGACCGAAGCCGCCCUCAAAGGCAAAGAGCUGCAAGACCUGAUGGCAUCCGAAGAAAAAUACGACCUGAUCAUAAUGCAAGCAACAACAAUGCAGGAAUCCCUCCUCGCUUUCGCCCACAAAUUCGGAGCCCCCGUCAUCAACUUGCAUCCCUUCUACGUCUCUGCCUACGUAGCAUCCCUCAUGGGGGCUCCGAACCCCCUCUCCUGCGUCCCCGAUUUCCGGGUACCGUACACGGAUCGCAUGAACUUCUUCCAGAGGACGCAUAACGCUAUGGUGGGGUGGUUUGACGUCAUGCACGGGAGUCUAUGGCAUCUCCCGCGGCAAGAGAGCAUCAUGCGGCGGUUGUUCAAAUACCCCGGGUCGAAUAUGUUGCCCCCGUUGGAGGAAUUGGUGGCGAAUGUAUCGCUGCAUCUCGUUGAUGCUCAUCCGAUGAUGUACGUGCGACCGUAUAGCUUCAAUGUUGUCGAUGUUGCCGGCAUGAAUAUCAAACCGGCUAAGCAGUUGCCCGCGGACAUAAAACGAUUUAUGGAUGAAGCCUAUGAGGGAGUUAUCUACUUCAGUCUCGGAUCAUACAUCGAACCAAAAAUGUUUAAAGAGAAUGUAAGGCGUGUUUUCGAGGAAACAAUGAAGAAAAGCAAGUAUCGAGUCAUUUGGAAGCAUUCAGAGCCAAUUCAAGGAUCUCCAAAGAAUAUCCUACACAAAUCUUGGUUACCUCAAAAUGAAAUUCUCGCCCACCCCAACUGUAAACUGUUCAUCACUCACGGAGGAUACAAUAGCCUGGUCGAGGCCAUGAGCAUUGGCGUUCCAGUUCUUGGCCUCCCGGUGUUCGCAGAUCAACGCCACAAUGUAGCCUACUAUGAACAUAUGGGAGUUGGCUUAGGUGCUGACGUGAACAGCCUUACUACCGAGGAAUUCUCAGAGAAAAUCGAUAGAAUCGUCAACACGCCAUCAUUCAAGGAGAAUGCGAAGAAGGUGGCCGUAACUUAUCGAGAUCUGCCCCAAACCAGUUUAGAAAGAGCAAUUUUUUGGGUUGAGUACGUCAUACGACAUAAUGGGGCUCAUCACUUAAAGCCAGCCUCUGUGGGCAUGCCACUCUACAGAUACUUACUGCUGGAUGUUAUUGUAUUUUGGCUAUUUAUCAUAGUACUUGUAAUUUAUGUCAUUUGUAAACUUCUAGCUUUAGCCAUCAGAAGAAUCAAAAGCCGACCUAUUCGAAAAUAAUAAACAGCUGAUCAAAAAUGAAAAA